AUGAAGAACUGUUUCGGUCUGUCGCUUUUUGUUUGUAUUGUGGUAGUCUUUGCUUUGCUGCUCAGCGAUAAUGCUGUGCAUGCACGACCGAGAGAUUAUUAUAAAAAUGGCUUGAACACAAGACAAUUUUCACCGACACCAUGUGAUUCCACUGGUACAUGCGUCACCGGGUCAUGUGUUAAUGGAGUCUGCAAAUGUGACCUUGGGAUCGGAGCUGAAGAAUGCGACAAUGGAGAAACUUGUGGAGCUAACGACGAUUGCUCCAGUGGAAAGUGUAAAAAGAAGGUUUGCGUUGCUCAAAAGAGACAACGUGGUUUAUUCAACUAG